AUGCUCUUCCUUACAGGCACGUCUGCCUUCGCGAUAACGACCCCUCCUCCGACCCGCACACUCAUUGCACGUCAAACCACAAGCGCUUCCACCGCCGCAGCCGAGUUCAUUACCACGGAAUACAUCACUCUUCCAGGUCAAACAAAUGCCCAUGUCACCAUUGCACCACAUACUAUCACCAUUGCCGUCCCAACGUGUAUACAAACCCUCACACCAGACAAGAAUGGCUACCUCCCUCCAGGAACCUGCAAUGCGUUGUACGAUUACUACCCCAGCUUCGCAGCAGCUGUUGUUGCUUCUGUUGCCUUUGGGGUUCUCACUGUGGCACACAUCACACAAGCCGCAGUCUACAAGAAGAAAUUCUGCUGGGUAAUUAUCAUGGGUAGUCUCUGGGAAUUCGCCUCAUUCACUACCCGUUCCCUUUCAACACUGCACCAACAAUCCGUCGCUCUCCUCCUCGUCUCUCAGCUCUUCGUCCUACUAGCACCACUUUGGAUCAAUGCCUUCGCAUACAUGCUGCUUGCACGGCUCAUCAACUUCUACUCCCCAACGCGCUCCAUUCUCUCGAUUCCUACUCCAAUCUUGUCUGUCAUCUUCGUAUCUCUGGACUUUAUAUCGUUCGUCAUCCAGCUGGUGGGCGGGUCAUGGGCUGGUCCCACGGCACCAGAGGCGGAUCAGUUGAAAGGUAUACAUAUCUAUAUGGGCGGUAUCGGUCUCCAGCAAUUCUUCAUCUUCGUCUUCCUCGGAUUGGCGGUAAAGUUUCAAUUCGAGAUGAAGGAAGUUGAUAGACUCGGCCGGGGCAGAGGAGAUCAGAAAUGGAAAGGCAUGCUUUGGACGCUUUAUGCGAGUUUCGGUUUCAUUACUAUUCGAAUCUUCUUCCGCCUGAUCGAAUUCUCGGCGGGCAACACGUCCUCGAAUCCAUUGCCGUAUCAUGAAGGGUAUUUCUAUGCUCUUGAAGCGGUGCCGAUGGUAUUUGCUAUUCUUUGCUUCAAUGUUAUGCAUCCGGGUAAGGUCCUGGUGGGACCUGAGAGCGAGUUGCCGGGUGUGAUAGCGAUGUUGAAGCCGAAGAGGGCAGGUAGGAAAGAGGCCGGGAAGGGGUACUCUUCACUUGAAGAUGGAAAUGAGGUCUUAAUGAAGCCUACGGUCUACCAUUUGACUUGA